CUUAAAUGAAACACCGGGUAAUGUUUUGUUUACAAUCAAAGCAUUUUCUGAAGAUCCAAGCUGCAUCACUUUAAAAGCUGUAAGUAACAAGUCAGGUAGCCUAGCUACAGUUCAUAGAAACCCAGCUGUGAAAUUGAUAUCAGUGACUGAAAAAAAUUGAGCUCAUUAUAUAUGCAGUGACAUUAAUCACUAUUGUGAAAAUUAUGAUGACAAGGAUGAUUAUUAUACUGAUAACAGUGUUAGUUAAAUAAAUUAUGUUUUUUUCCUGGAAAGGAGUUAAUUCUGAUCAAACUCACACCCAAACAUUUACAUAGGAAAAGGGGAUUUGUAUUGGAAAAUAGUCAACUGUAAUCAAUUCUUAUGCUGUACAGGUUACAUAGUUGAUUGUGGCCCUGUAUACUUUUCCAGCCCCACUUAAUUUUUUUAUGUACAAAAAGCCCUGUUGUCUGUCUGUAUUUUUCAACACAAAAUAUUUGACAGGCAUGUGCAAGCUGUCUUAAUUUAAUAGGCAGUUUCAUGGAAAGAAAGAGCAUGCAUUGUUUCUAAAUUGUCAAUUCUUUAGAAUCUUUCUAGCAUUUAAUACUCGUAAGAUUCUAUGGUAGUUUCUACUACUUGUGGUUUAUACUACUUUUACUUGACAGUCUGCUUCUUUAAAGUUUAUAAGUUACCUUUUUAAGCCCUGUGGCUUCCUUUUUCAUGCUUGCCUGUCUGGCUUUUGUGUCGUGCUUGUGUAGUAGAAAAGUUAUCUUUUAUCCAGUAGGGUUAAAAACAUACCAUCUUAACGAUUUAGAAUUGCCUUUCAUGGUUGAAAUGUCCUCUUGGUUUUAUUUUCUGCACUGCUGAUAAUUAUAUAGUUUUAUAUUGCAUUGCAUCGGUACCUUAAAAAAUGUGUUUGGUUGAUUUCCAUAAAGGAAACAAACAUAACCAUUGGAUGUCCUGUGAAUCGACACAUGCUUCCUCGGGGGUGAGUAGAAAUGACCCACGUUAGUUAUAAUUUGUCAGUUUCCAACAAAGAAAAUACUACUACCACUUAUAACAAUGACAAUGAUAAUAACAAUAAUGAUAAUAAUAAUAACAAAUUAUUAUCUAUUAUUAACAGCAAUGAUAAUGAUGAUAAUAAUGAUAAUGAUAAUAAUUAUAAUAGUAAUGAUAAUAAUAAUGAUAAUAAUAAUAAUAGUAAUGAUAGUAAUAACAAUGAUAAUAAUAAUGAUAAUGAUGAUAAUAAUAAUAAAAAUAAUAAAGAACUACACAGUGCAGAAAAAAAGUAGAGCAAGUUAGUGACAGUUCUCUUUUUGUUAAGAUACUUGUAGUAGAUGUCAUUGUGUAAAAAAACCCAGUUGCUCUGCUUUCACUACAGUAAAAGAGCACUUUUAAUCAAGUCUGAGCAGAAAUGCCUUUUAAUCUAAAUUGGUAAAAGGAAAAAUGUGUGCUGUAGUCCCCUGAUUACAAUAAUCUGCAUGAAUGAUCUCAAGACUAAGUGAAGCAGGAAGGUUUAAAUGUUAUUAUUGUUUUAAACUUUUACCUCUUAUAUGGCGGCUUUCUCAUUUGGUCUUAUUUCAGAACAAUAGCUUAGCGAUUCAACAAUGUGUCAAUCAGUCAUUAAUUGAAUUCACCCAGUCAGACAGUCAUUAUGCCAAAUGGAAGCAAUAAACCAGUUAGUCAGUGAAUCCUAGUAACUUAACAGACCGGCGCGUGUAAGGGAAUGAAAAAUUUCCUCGGUGACCAGGGCAUUUUCUUGCAGAAAACCUGUCCGCUGUGAUGGCUAUGAAAACUACUCUUUUGUUAUUCCAAGGUAAGAAGACCCAGUAACAAAACACAUAUAUAUUACAGUCAGCUUAAAUGUGUGUAUGAGUUUAUAGUGACAAAAUCAAACAAAUUGCAAAGGGAAACUAGCAAAAACUAUUAUUUUACUGAACAAAAAAAAUGAGAUUGUCUCAUUCUCUCUUGUUAGUAAUAUUCACAUAUUAGUAGAGCAGAUAUGUGCUUCAAUUGUUCACUUUCUGUUAAAAGCAUGAAAUUUGGCAUGAUGAUAGUUUUCAAGGCCCUACAAAAGAUAGGAUAUGGUGCCAUCGCCAAAAAGUCCGUUAAGUGCAAAAAAUAAGAGUUUUAAAAUGGCGGCCAUUUUGAACCGGAACUGUGAAAUUAACAUUUUAUUUAAAACGUCUGAAUUUUAGCAACUUGGAUAACAAAAUGUCAGCAAAUGCCUAAGGCAGCUGUUUUUUCAUACAAUGAGAUAUUAUUUCAACGCAAAUUGUCUAAAAAAGAAGAAUAGAGAUGAUAUAAGUGGCCGCCAGCUAGACCGGAAGUAAAACUACUAAAAAAAUUUGCGAUGGCACCAUAUCACAUAUUAAUAGUCAUAAUUAGUUCUGUCAUUCCUGAAAAUUUGGUGCUUUUAACAAAAAGUGAACAAUCCGGCCCCAAAUCUGCACAUAUCCGCCCCACUAUAUCUAGAAAUCCUGUAAGUAAAAGCCUUAAAAACCAAAGUAACCCAAUUUAACCUUUAGAUGUACUUUGGUUUUAGACAUCAGAGGAGGGAUGUUUUUCUUUCAGACCAAGACGUUACAGACAAGGUAAAUAUAAAUACAUCAAUAAAUCUCUUUUUUAUUGCUUGGUUUUCUUUAUCUUUUACUGUGAAACUCACAAAAUCGUGAACACCAGAAAUAUUUAUGGAAUGUUAUUGUGUUUUUAGAAAUAAGCCAAUAAGGUGCGAGAUAAAUAAACCGCAAACAGCAACGGUAAUUAGUUUGUGGUUUUGAGGUUUGCUUGCGUGUCCUGAACUUUACUGUGAUUGGCCAGUACACAAUCAACAUUCCUAAAAUUUUCCAGGAGUUCAAGGUGUUCUGAGUAUGACAGUAAUGCAAAAAGGAAUGGAUAACAUAUCAAACUGUGUCGCACCUUGUAUGGAUAGCCCGCGUAAUCGUGACGAGAUUUUAGUGCGCGAGUGCAUUUUGGCGGCGAAGCGGUCAAGCCUUGAGAGCGAUGAAACCGAUCUUACCACCAAUAACAAAAAGAGUUAAAAUUUAUCUAUAUCUGCCAACACAGCAACCCUCUUAAAGAGGAUUAUUUCCCGGGGAAUAAAGCAAUCGCUUUCUACCCGGGCCAUCCAUGUCGUCUGAUUUUGUUCAUAAAUACAGGAAAAAAUUUUGCCAAAACCGGUCCCGUUUUUUUUUUAAAGUGUUAAGGUCUAAGCCUAGAACUAGCGUACAAUCCUUUGGUAGUGGCCCACUCCUUUCAUUGAUUAGAACGAAUCUGGGUCGAGCUUCUUUUGUUUUCAUCCCCUCGCCCCUAUCGUGACUCGAGUAAAACUACCCUACUUUGUUCCCCUCCAUCAUGACGCUUCUUGGCCCAGUUUGAAAACAUAAACACAGAUUUAAAGGCCUUAGUCGAAUUUGAAGGAGAGCGUUCACUUCCAUUUCAGGUUUUUAGAUACGACUUUGCAAGGUUGGGAUGUCCUUUCACGUUACUGAAGAACGAACCUUUCAAACCGAUCAUUGAUUUGUAAGUUGUUAACCUUAAUUCCGAAAAGUCGAGCGUUCAGAAGUUCCUUCACUGACUUAUUUUACGUGGAAAUAUUUGAACGUAUUAAAUUUUCAACCACGGAUAACGCAUUUCUAGCAUUGUGAUUGGUUCACUCAAUCUUGGUUAUCAGCUCAUGUACCUUAGUUUGACCUUAUAUGGAACAGGAUUACGCUUAGUUACAUCAACAUCCGGUCUUUUUGUAAUAUUUAAAAUGAAAUUUACACAACAUUCAAUUGUAAUAACCAUCUCAUAUCCAACGCACGCGAAUGGAAUAAUUAUUUACUCCAACUUCAUUUCAUGUACAAACCCAGAGCAAGAGAAAGCUGUUGCGAAAGGAGUCGGAAAGAAACCACUCUCGUCCCCAGGGAUUUUCCAUUAAAAUAAGAAGGGCCGCUCCUCUCAAUUCCUAAGGGAAAAUCAUCUAGGAACGAGGUUAGGAAAGGAACAUAAGAACCAGUUCCGAGUUUUCCAACCCAAUAAUCACUUUAAUUAUUACAGUUUAGAUCAAGAAAGAAAACACGGUCUGAAGAUGUAACGUAGUUGUACUGUAGAGUAUGAUCAGGAAUCACUAUAAUCAGGGGCGGAUCCAGGAUUUUUUUUAGGAGGGGGUGCACUCGUCUCUUGGUCUACUUCAACACCAAUAAACCACAGAGUUUUUUUUUGCAGAAUACCAGUUGUAUUAGAAAACCGCAGGUCAUCUCAGGGGGGGCUGCGCACCCCCUGCACCCUCCCCCUAGAUCCGCCCCUGAUAAUGAUACUCUGUUCAGCAGUGAUCAGGAUCAAAAUCUCCAUUUUCCUAUAAAUCUCCCGGAAACGGUGAUGAGUGGCUAUUUUUUUUAAAGAUAUGACGGAGAAACGUUUAUCAAAGAAGUUCGUGCCAACUACAUCUUGUGGGAGCAACAUGGCAGAACAGAGUACACGUACAGUACGACGAUGAAACAGGUACAUCAGUAUGACAUAGCGAGCGUGCGAGGCGUUCGAAAGGAAAGGUCGAAGGGAAGGGAAACGCCCUACUUCCUCGCACGUUUUUCUUGUACUCGCGCACCCGAAAUUUCCUAGCGCGCCCCGCCGAAUCUCCAUCUCGCGGGCUAUAUUAUGUAUAUUACUGAUAGCACUGCGUGGCAGCGAAUUGAGUGAAACACUUAAAAAGAACUGUUCAAAACAUUUAAAAUAAGGCAUAAAUAACAAGGCAAAUGCAAAAUAAGGCAAGGAUAGACAAACUUGCACGGAAGAACGGAUUAAAAUUGUGGUCUUUAAUAAUUUGUUAUCCUGACAGUCGGUUCAAAAAUUCACUUUUGUUGUUUGUUUAAUUUAAUAAUCCUUGGGUAGACUACGAGUAAUCCCCCAUUUUUCCUCAGGGAUAGCAGAGCGAACGAAACGCGAGCGCGCGUGAAAAUCACCCCACGCGAGAAAGGCGACACAUGGCGGGGAGAGUGUCGCCUUUUCUCGCUUGGGGUGAUUUUCACGCGCGCUUGCGUUUCGCUCUCGCUCAACUACCCUGAGGGAAAAUGGGGGACUACUCGUAGUCUAAUCCUUGGGAUAUAAGCAGUUUCUUUGCCAACGUCAAGUUAAUUAGUGGAUUUGACGGCGGGGUUUUGGAUCAUUAUACGUUUCUGGGAAACUGCCCACCUAUCCCUCCCCUAAGCCAACAUUUUGACCUAAGGGAGAGGAGUGAGUGUUAAUGUGCGCUUAGGGGAGAGGUAGUUGGGCAGUGUCCCAAAAACGUAUAAUGACCCAAAACAAAACGAACUAGACGGCCGCGACAGAGCUACUUUAAAUGGAUACGUUUCUGGGAAACUGCCCACCUACCCCUCCCCUAAUCCAACCUUUUGAUCUAAGGGAGAGGAGUGAGUGUUAAUGUGCGCUUAGGGAAGAGGUAGGUGGGUAGUUUCCGCAAAACGUAUAAUGAUCCAAAACAAAAGGACAGAGCUACUUUAAUAAGGCCGGCUCUUUGAGUCUUGCAAAUGCAUCAGUAGAAUUCAUAAAAGCUUUUACUUGAAACGAGUCGUCAUAAAUAUAGACACAAUAAGACUAAAACUUUCGCCAUUUGGAAUAAGGCGUAUAAAGCAUGCUGCUAGAAGCUAACACUAUGGCGGAUGGGUUGGGAAGAAAUGUUGCUAAAUCACUUUUAUUUUCCGCUUUAUUUUUAAACAGGCUGGUUGCAUCAGUGAGGCUCAACGUUGGGAGAAGAUGGUCAAAUCUGUGCAAGUAGAAGAGAAGGAUUCUGCCUGGUCUAAAUUGGUAUUGAUUCCAGAACUAAGUGUUAAUUUUAUUGUUCAAUCGUUGCAGCUUUGAAACGUAACAUCUCAAGAUUUUAGUUGAUGCUCUAGAGAGUGCAGUUUUCCAGGAGUUUUGCUGUAACUAGAACUGACAUAUAUCCCGGUUUUUAAGUAUGUAUUUUUAUUCGUAUUUAAACAUUCAACAGAAUUACCGCAGCUGUUUUGAGGAGCCUGCAAAUAAUUCUUCACCAAACGUGGAUCUCAACCAACCGUAUGAGAUUUUGAACAGUUCAAUAUCUUCCUCGCAAAUCCUAUGGAAUGAUGUGGGAAUUUUUGUCUUUACGCUGAAGGUUGUAGAUCCUGAAUUCAGGUGAGAGGAGCUGUCUUUUUCAAAAGCGAUUCCAAGCUAAUGAGGAUUCUUCGUAGCAAACUGUCCUUACUUAUACUGACCGCUGCAUUAAUAAGAACCACGUUCAGUGUUUAGUAACUUUCACUUUUAGAAUCUGAUUGAGUCAAGAUUGCGUGUGACUUUGGUAGUAAUUUUACGUAUGUUUCUGCCUACUUCUCAGCAUUCUAAUAUUUUUUUUGUUAACGACAAAAUAACAACAUUAAUAUACAGCGUUUUAUAGAAAAAAAUAGAUAAAAAACAAAACUAUUACAGGGGGAGAUACUCGACCAAUAUUUGGGUAUAGGUGACCCGCUGGGGGUUUGAAACCCUGACCCUGCUUAGAACAAAAAAUUCCUAAAAUACAUAAAAGAAAUUUAUAUUCCCGACUGUAAAAUUGGCCUUGCUUCUUUUGUUUCUAUAUUUCCAAUUAUAGCUGAUUAGAUCCUCUGUUAGGAUCCGGUCUCUCUUUUUUGUAACGUUGGUUCUUGCUUUCAAAAAAAAUCAAUUUAUAAAAUACAUACCCUGUUUAGGACAACACCCUCAAUUUUAUUACCCUGUUUAGGAUAAAAGGCAAGCCGGAUUGUUUUAAAGUCAUUUAUUGGCAAUCUUUCUAUAGAGUAAAUUCACGUUAUUGUCAUUGCUUUUGUAUGUUUAGAGUGCAAACAAAAUUCAUCGGGCAUAUCAAAUCAACCGUGCAGGUAACAUCUUGUUGACAGAAUCACGAAAUUAUGUACCUUAUUCAGUGCCGUAGCCAGACCAAACGGCCAACCGAGGCAGGCGGGAGUUGCUAGGGGGGUUCGGGGGCAUGCCUCCCCCCCCGAGAAAUUUUGAACUUUAGUCUCUCGGAAAUGCGAUUUGCAGCGUUUUCUGGGCUUUUCGGUAACUUUUUUUCGAGUUAAUUUAAGUGGAAUUUAAAAAGCAAUAAUCAGAAACAAGCUACAUAAUCUGGGUGCCGGAUCGUUAACCUCGCCAAUGGUUUUGAUCAGUAUUUGUUCAAAAAAAAUUUGAGUUAACGUACGUAGCCCCUUGAGGACGAUGAUAUGGUAAUUUUUUCAUAGUAUAUUGACUGAAUUGCUGAAUUCUUUGUAAUAUCAUGAUGCGUUAAAAAUAUCCGAUGAUCGCUUAUGUAAAAUAAAAAUGAUCGGCGAAAUUCGUCAAAAUUUUAGCUACGGCGCUGUUAUUUAGGAAAGAUAGGUGAAAACUACAUACCCUGUCCAGCGGCACAUCCGGGGGGAGGAGGAGGAGGCAACAUGGAAUCUAUUUGUUAAUCUUACGUUUUUGCUAAUAACAAUGACAUAUCAUUGUAUUUUCCCUAACAGCUUCUGUAACCUGACAGUGGAGAUAGCUGUUCAAGUGAAUGCAGUGCGAGGUUUGAUGGAAGAGAUUCCAACCUUUGUGGUACUUGGAUCGUCCAGCUUGAUCAUUAUCAUCAUGGUUGUAUCUGCUUACUAUACUCUAUUCCGUUGUGUGGAUUGAGCUUAGACGUUACUGACAAUUUUGUUUAACCCUUAAGUCGCAAGAGUGACCAACAUCAAUUUUCUCCUAACAAUAAUAUACAGAAUUAAAAGAAAAGUUUAG